CCCCACGAUGGCUCUACGGCGGGGUAGAUGCUCCCAGCAUUCAGGGGAUUGCCCGUCACUAAACUUCCCUUCCAACAUCUACACUUGUAACCUCCCACCUACAUCACGGAACCAAUAUCCCCAGCUUCCAUCAUCAGUCAUCGCAUCUAAAACAACGAGUACAGUCAACUGCAAUACUGACGACGAAGAAGCCCACUCUCACACUGCUUAGAACACCCAGCUUUCACCUAUCAUGGAUACAUCAGCGAUAACAGGAAGGCCAGGCACAGGCACCGGCCAAGGAUCGCCAGCAGCCCCAGGACAACCCAUCUCCAAAGCCGGCCAGGGCAUCCCGAAUCUACGAGACCGCAUUCCCAAACUAGAGCCCCGGCGACGGAGGCAAGAACCAUCGAACCCGACUCCGGUACCAGAAACCCCCGCCCUCCCUCCCCGCCCAGAUCCGUCGACCCUGGAGUUCCGGACGCCCGUCCGACGGAUUCUUCUCCGGAAAGACCACGAGCUCUUCCUGGCCUCGCCCACCUACAGUCUCAUCCUCUCCUUCGUCUUCUCCCUUUCCGAAUCCGUAGUCGACACGCCCAUCUCCGCCAUCAAGGACUCCGACCUCAGCGAGCCCGUGAAGACCAUCCUCCGCAUCCUCGACGAGACCGAAGCGCUGUGCAAGGAGUCGCCACCAGACGACCAGGGUGGCUCUCGCUUCGGCAAUAAGACCUUCCGCCUCUUUCUCGACAAGGUCAAGCAGCGCGGUCAGCAAUGGCACGCCGCCUUUUUGGGAGGGAAACUUCCAGAAGCGGCCGUCACCGAAGCCUCAGCCUACCUCAACCAGUCCUUCGGCAACCGCACGCGCAUCGACUACGGCUCGGGCCACGAGCUCAACUUCAUGAUGUGGCUUUUGUGCCUGUACCAGCUCUCGGUCCUCGAACAAUCGGACUUCAAAGCCCUCGUGCUUUGCGUCUUCGCCCGCUACCUGGAAGUCAUGCGCCUGAUCCAAAUGACGUACUACCUCGAGCCAGCGGGCUCGCACGGCGUGUGGGGACUGGACGACUACCAGUUCCUGCCGUUCCUGUUUGGGGCCAGCCAGCUGCUGCAUCACCACUUUAUCACGCCGCGGGCGAUCCACCAGGAGCUGACCCUCGAAGAGUUUGGUCAUGAUUUCCUGUAUCUUGGUCAGGUGGCGUUUGUGAACAGUACCAAGACGGUCAAAGGGCUGAGGUGGCAUAGUCCGAUGCUGGACGAUAUCAGUAGUGCCAAAAACUGGGAGAAGAUUGAGGGCGGGAUGAGGAGGAUGUUUGUGUCUGAGGUGUUGAAGAAGUUGCCGGUUAUGCAACACUUCCUGUUUGGGUCGCUGAUUCCUGCGGCGGAGGGUAUGAGUGAGCAAGAUCCCAACGCUUUGGGCAGUGAGGAGAAUGAGGAGGAGGGCGGCGAGGUGGAGGUGUACGACGAUAGCGAUGGAAAGAGGCAUGUGCAUCAGCCGACUGGCUGGGGCGAUUGCUGCGGUAUCAAGGUGCCGAGUAGUCUGGCGGCGGCGGAGGAGAUGAGGAAGAGGGGACAGGGGGAGAGUUUGAGGAGGAUACCCUUUGACUGAGGUCUGAGAUUAUGUCUAUGAGAAGUAUCACAAGCGUGGUAAAGAUAUUCACCAAACCGUAUGUUCAAAUAAACAAAAACCUCAAGGUCUCUAAUGAUCAUACAAUCAUCCUCAUGUACUGUCCAUGUAUCACUGAAAUACCUAGUUUCUAUAAUGAAAGAUGGUAAAAAUAGUGUUACCGGAGCCAGCACAAACC